UUGAUAUCGAUUAAGUUCAUGUUCCACUCUUGGAGACAUUCAUCUUCCAAUUACAAGACGGUCUACUUUCUUCUUGCUUGUUGGCGACCAUUUAUGUCACUGGAAAGAAGACAAUGGCAUCGCAUAGAAGGAGCAGGAGGCAAAACCAACGACAUCCUACAUGGCCUGUGUCAAUCAGGCAUCAAACACUCGGACACUAACGUUCUCUACUUUCCAGGCGACGUACAAGAGACAGAAGAGUAUAUGAAGAAAGGACCAAAUCAUGAGUGGAUCCAGUGGUCGUAUGAAACGACCGUUGAUCGUUUAUGCGAGAGAUUUCCGCGCUCAAAUACGUUUUUAGUUCGUCCGCGCCGUAUGGUCAAAGAAACGUUCAAUUGCUUCGAUCACUUCGUCAAUGGCAACCUUCUCGGCGCCCCGGAUCACGCAAACAGUUUUGGCGCGCUUCAUCACAUCACAGAAAUAGUUGGCAGACUGGAGAGCGACCUGGGGUUGUCACGUGACUGGAUGAUUGUCGGAUUCAGCCACGGCUGCGUUGUACUCAACCAGAUAUCUUACGAAAUAGCUGCACUAGAAGAAAUAGAUUCGAAACCGAGCGGAAAUGAAGAUUUUAAGAAAAGUUGUAAAGACCCGGAUGAUGACGUCAAUAUAUUAGAUGGUGUCUCAACACUAGCGGCUGAUUGGCUGAAGAGCCAUGACGUAACAUCAAUCCGGGACUUCAUAUCACGUAUAAAGGUAUUAUACUGGCUGGAUGGAGGGCAUUCAGGACAAGGAAACACGUGGAUUACUGAUGAUGCAACGAUUCGAGCACUCACUGUAAUACCAGACAUUCGAGUGCAUGUCACUCCAUAUCAGAUGAAAGACAAGACUCGACCUUGGCUCGAACGUGAGGAGAGACAAUUCGUCGACAAACUGAAAGGAUACGGAGGCAACGUGACCGAACAGAUGCACUUCAAAGACGAAGAGAAAUCUCUUAGUAUCCACUUCAAUCUUCUCCAGGAAUUUUAAAAGAAUUCGUCGCAUACCGGACCUUCCAGUUCCAAGUGGCCGCCACUCGACUGCCACACGAUAACGCACAAUUAUUGUGUGAGCUGUAG